GAGAAUGGUACAAUCAAGCAUAUCACCAGCAAUAACAAAGGAAAACGGAGCCGCCAGCAUGCUGAUAGGUCAGAAAACAACAACUUACCCAGCAUCGACUCCGUUCUAUUAAAAAGACAGCGUAAUACAGAUGCGGCACGUAGGUCACGGUUACGAAAGCUGGUCAAAAUGGAAACGUUAGAAAAGCGUGUUGAGGUGCUUAGAGCUAAUAAUGAGCAACUAAAAGUUAAGCUAGCUGUGCUGGAAAGUGAAGUGAUUCAUACAGCAGAAAAAGAAGAACGUAACAGACAAAGAAUUCAAGAUUUGGAAGCUCAGUUAACUGUGGCUCAUAAGCAAUUAGUAAAUGAGUAUCAACCAAAAGAAUCAAAGCUUGAAGAAGUUACGACAAUUGAAGAUACAAGGAAAAAUUGA